GAAAUGGGUCUGGCUUGGUUUUGUCAUGGGCCACCUCUGUAUCUAAGGCAAAGAAUUCAGGAUACAUUUGCUAAGUCCCUCUUGACAUGGAGAGGACUCAGGGAGACGUGGUCAAAGCACUGAUGUCAGAAACCGCGGGCCGGUGGCUCUGACUUGCAGAGGUGAAACUUCACAGACACAGAGCUCCCCAGGAGAUCCGGAUGGACUAUGAGGAGCUGAGACAGCAGCCUUUAGAAGUUGCUCCUGGGGCCGUUUGUCAACUCAGAAGAUAGUCCCGACGAAGGAACAGUCCGCGUUCUGCGCCAUUGGCAACAUCUCUGGACACAAGAGGUACUGGUAAAUACUCACCAAAUGUGACAUUCACCACUUAACAAAAAGAUCACACCUAUCUGAAAUCAGUAGGAAAAAGAACAAUCGCACAGAAGUUGAUAAGUCAUGAUCUCUGCCCCAGAAAGAAAGCACAAGGUGGACAGUGUGAAUGAGUGACAUGCAGCCUGUGCACCGCAGGGCCAGGAAAGCCAAGCACCUUAACCAGCCACAGCUUCAAUAACUAACCCACAUCUGACUCAGAGAGACGACGGGCUGCUUGGGACCAGCUCCAUUUCCUGGGCUUCAGUUGGUUUCUUUUAGGGAGCUACACAUACUCACGUCCACUGACAUUCACUGGUACUGACACCUCGGUCCACACAAUGGAGAGGAGCCUCAAGAAUGUCCUGGUGGUUUCUUUUGGAUUCCUCCUCCUCUUCACUGCCUACGGAGGCCUGCAGAACCUGCAGAGCAGCCUCUACAGCCAGAAUGGCUUGGGGGUGGCAACGCUGAGCACGCUCUAUAGCGCUGUGCUACUGUCCUCCAUGUUCCUCCCGCCCAUCCUCAUCAAGAAGUGUGGCUGCAAGUGGACCAUUGCCGGCUCCAUGUGCUGCUAUGUGGCCUUCUCCCUGGGCAGCUUCCACGCCAGCUGGUACACCCUGAUCCCAACCUCCAUCCUCCUGGGUCUGGGUGCUGCUCCCCUAUGGUCAGCUCACUGCACCUACCUCACCAUCAUGGGAAAUUCUGAAGCACAGAAAUCAGGGAAGCUCAGCAAGGAUGUGGUGAACCAGUAUUUUGGCAUCUUCUUCCUCAUAUUCCAGUCAUCUGGAGUGUGGGGAAACCUGAUUUCCUCUCUGGUGUUUGCCCAGACACCCACUCAAGAGACCAUCUCAGAGGAACAGCUCCUGUCCUGUGGAGCCAAUGACUGCCUGAUGGCCACAGCGGCCAGCAACAGCACCCAGCCCCCCUCCCAGCAGCUGAUCUACACACUGCUGGGCAUCUACACCGGCAGUGGGAUCCUGGCCAUCCUUUUGGUAGCUGUGUUUCUUGAGCCUGUGAAAGAUAAACUGGAGACCAAAGGGGAAAAGAGGCUGAGCUCACCGACGUUUUGGUCUACGAUACUGUCGACCUUCACACUGUUUAGAGACAGGCGCCUGUGCCUCCUGAUCCUGCUGCCCUUGUACAGUGGCCUUCAGCAAGGGUUCCUCUCUGGAGAAUACACAAGGUCUUACACAACCUGCGCCCUGGGCAUCCACUUUGUGGGCUACGUGAUGAUCUGCUUCUCAGCCACCACCUCGCUCUGUUCCCUGCUGUUUGGGAAAGUUUCCAAGUACACUGGCAGAGCCGCGCUCUACGGGCUGGGUACAGCCACCCACCUCUCCUGCAUUAUCGUCCUCCUGGUGUGGCACCCACACCCGACCCAGCUGGCCAUCUUCUUCCUCCUCCCUGGCCUGUGGGGAAUGGCAGAUGCUGUCUGGCAGACACAAAACAAUGCUCUUUACGGGGCUCUGUUUGAGAAGAACAAGGAAGCGGCUUUUGCCAACUACCGCCUGGGGGAGGCCCUGGGCUUCGUCAUUGCCUUUGGCUACAGCUCCUUCCUGUGCGUGAGCGUCAAGCUCUACAUUCUCUUGGCAGUCUUGAGUCUGACCAUGGUGGCUUAUGGGACUGUUGAGUAUCUGGAAUCCAGGGCCACCGGGGAGAUCACUGCUGCAGGAAAAAAGACAAUUCAGGAAGAGAAAGGAGAAAUGCAAACAGAAAUGUAAGGCCAGGCAAGCCACUGCGGAACUCGGGAGUUUCCUGUGAGCCACUCUGGGGACAGGCUCAUCCCGAAGUCAGCCUAUGGUUUUACUUUUUUAUGUAUUUUCCUCAAUUCUAACAAUCAGUCCAUUUUUCUACACAUAGAGACCAAGAUUAUAUACAAAAGACUGGGGGGUGCAACUCAGCGCUAGAAUGCUUGCUUAGCAGGCACUAGUCCAUGGAUUCAAUUCUAAUACCCAAAAAAUAAAAAUAAAAAAUUUAGGUACUAUAGUGGGGGAGAUGGUUCAUUUAGACAAGUGCUUGUCACGGUUAGUCUGAGGACCUGAGUUCAGAUCCCUAGCACCCAUGUAAAAAAAAACCUGGGCAUGCUGGCCAGGCAUGGUGG